AUGGUUAGCGUUGCCGUCAUAGUAUUCCUGCUCGGAUGCCUGGGUCUAUCAUCCGUAGCGAAUGCAGCUACAUGUGUUACGCUUGAUUCUUCUAGUAUCUGUGGAGCAGCGUAUGCUGGCUACCAAUUGCAGACGGAUACCAAGUACUUUACAUCUUUGACUACAUUUAAUCCGUAUGCUUCAUUGUAUACCCGAACUCACACCCUUGCAUCAUCUCUAACCCCAUCCUUCACUAUAUCGCAGUCCUUCUUCACCACAAACUUUGGCAACCUCGACAAUUACGCCAACAACUUGGCCCAAGUAGACGGAUGCACGUAUGCCGCAAUACGUAACUCGAUAGGAAAUCUGCAAUACCAGUUAUCGUUUUGGUGUUAUACUGUAUUGAGAGAUUCGUGGGAGAAUGGUUGUCAGCCUGGGAAUCUCAGUACCACUGUCGCUGCACCGCCUGGUGGACCGGUUUUGUGUAGUGAUAAGUGUACGCUGGCUAGUAAAGCCAUGUCGACUGCACUGAAUGAUCCUUCGGCUUGUCCGGUUACGGCUGCCACGUCGUCACAGUUGGCUGCAAGGACACAGUUGUUGUCUACUUAUGUCGAUUACUGCAACCGCACAUAUGCGUUGACACUAAAGAAUGAAAAUGUUUGUAUAAAUGGUACAGACACUGAAGCAUCAUUCUGUGGAUACCAUGAUGCAUACACUGCAAAAACACAGUGUGCAACCGCUACUGGAAACGCAUGCUGUACCACCUUCCUGGCUUCUAGUGCUGCUUCAAACCCUGUAGCUGUGCCAACCUUGUCACCCACAAACGGCAACAUUGGUGGAUCCAAGGGUAUUAGUGGAAUGAUUCCUAUAAUUGGAGGUGCUGCAGGCGGUGGUGUUGCAAUUCUCGCCGUUAUAAUCGGAGCCGUGUUUUACUAUAGACGCAGAAAACAACGUAAUGCAGCAAGUAAAGUUGACGACGAUAAGAGCAAGGACGGAAACCAUGAAUUGGACGAUCAGUCACAAUUCAGUACUCAGGGACGACAACCUGGUCGUAUGACGUUGGAAUACUGGCGUGGUAGAUUCAAUAGUAAGCCUCGUCGUCAUGGCCCAUAUGAACCUGAUAUGCGUGAACGCAGAGGGUAUGGAAUGGAUUCAGAACCACCCAAAAAACAUCAACAGCAGCAGCCUCCACCAUAUCCAGGUGCUGUGCCACCAGAUGGUCAGCAGUAUAAUAAUAACGGUAGACCAGCUGAUAUGAGGCCUAGAACGCCUCAAAAUGCUAUGAGACCGGGUAUGCAACAACCUCCAGGAAUGCAAAUGCAAGGGCCUAACGGAAUGAUGCUAAUGCAAGCACCACCGAACGGAAUGAUGCAGAUGCAAGGGGCACCUAAUGGGAUGAUGCAAAUGCAAGGGCCACCUCAAGGAAUGAGGCCUCAAACUCCUCAGCAACAACGUCCUGGAACUCCAGGUCAACAACGUCCAAAUACUCCAUCUGGUCGAUCACCAGUAGAUAAUAAUGGACGUCCAUCCACACCACAAGCAUCAUCUCCGGGAUCGCCUCGUCCUGGUACACCCGAUCAAAAGUCUGUUAUAGUCUUGCACGCUUAUACUGCUGCUGCCAUUGAUGAGCUUGAACUGGUGCCAGGGCACGAGAUCAUGUUUAUAAAGUCGUUCAACGAUGGGUGGGGUCUUGGAGUUGAUACUGUUACUGGUAAACAGGGUGCAUUCCCUCUCGUUUGUACUACUGAGCCAUCGUCGGCAGGAAACCCGGCAUCUGCAGCAACUACCAUGGUGAAGACUCCACCGAUAGCUGUGACGGCUGGUCCGCCACUGUCUGAUAUGCCUAGAAGAGUAUCGUCACAAUCAUAUAGUACUGCUGACGUAUCGCAAUAUGGAACUAUGGGAACUGACGAUGGUAGUUAUAUGGCUUCGCUCCCGCAUCAACACCAACACCACCAUCAUCAUCAACAACAGCCACCACAGCCAGCUCCAUCUAUGCCUGAUACUCAACGCUUGGAAGAAGAACGCCAGAAAUACGCCAUGAGAUUACAGCUCGAAGAUUUGCAACGACAACAGGAUGCUCUUGCAAACUUGGAACGAUUGCGUCAACAACAAGCCGCUAUGGCUAAUCUACACUUGCAAAACAAUCAGGCUGGAUUCUUGCAACCUCAACAACAAGUAAAUCCAUUUUUGCAGCAGCCUAGCUCACCAGUAACAUCAGGUGCACCCCAUAACUUGCAUCUGCAAAUCCCAACUCCGACAUCUAUGCCUCAAUACAAUCAUCAACAACGACCUACUACACCUGUAUCUCCGGGAAAUCCAAUGCAGCAGCAGCAGGCAGAUAUGCAGCAACAAAUGCAUGCACAGCAAAUGCAACAGCAACAACGACCUGUAACUCCUAGUCAGCAACAACAACGACCAGUCACUCCUAAUCAGCAACGACCAGUGACUCCCUUACAACAACAACAACUACAACAACAGUAUCAGCAACAGCAGGCGCAACAACAAUAUCAACAACAACAGGCCCAACAACAAUAUCAACAUCAACAGGCACAACAGCAACAGGCUCAGCAACAGCAACGAGCACCAACGCCCGUGCAACAACGAGCUGUCACGCCUGUACAGCACACGCCUGUAAUUAGUAGCACAGCACCACAACUGGAUCUCCCCACUAGUUACUCUUCGUAUGCUGAAGGCGAGGCUGGUACCUCUGACGCUUUUGGAACUGGCGAAAGUUUUGAUCCAGUAGACAGUUAUCUACACGAGAUGAACGUGGAUCCAUCUAUGGUUAGUUUGCCACGAUAA